GAUGCUGUGUACUUUCUGUAGCCCGUACAUGCUGGUUCAGUUGAGAGGCAGUGGCUUUGCUGGGCCAGGUAGGAUUUGGAGCUGGCUUUAGGUCCCCUGGUGUUUCCUCUCUCACUCCAUUCCUCAGCUAUUCCCAGUUCCUUUGUGAUUCCUUCUGUUGUUUGCAUUGUCCCCUCCCCUUUGCUCUACUUUGGCAGCACCAAGGGGUCCUCUGACACAGCCUCAAGCUGGGGAGGGGGACGUCCUCUCCUCCAUUGGCACUGCAGUAUCGGGCAUGGGGAACCCAAAGCCAGCUCUGCCCCCGAUGCCAGCAGGCAGCAGAGAGGGGAAGCAGUGCACUUCUGGGCCUUGCUGACCUGGAGGGGUCUGUAACUCAGAGAUAUCUGUGUGUCUCUGGAGGCUGUAGCAUGCAGCACAGUUGCCAUGUGCAGGUCUUCCUGGAAACCCAGCCCUAGAGCAUUAUUCCUGCCCAUGUUGAGGGCCAGGACAUCUCAUUUGCUUAAAAAGCCCGUUUAAGAGCCAUCUCCAGCCUCUUGCCCAGCAGUGUCUGCUUGCUUGAGUGAAGAGCAACCAACCUCUGCUCCCUGUGCUGGUUUUCCAGGCAACACCAACCCAAGCCUGGUGUGGUCUGGGAGCUGGGCUGGGUCAUCCACCUCAUUGCUGUGAAACCCUAAAACUGGGGCUGACCCAGCACAGAGCUCCCCCCAUCCCAAGGCAGCGGUUGGAUGCCGGAUGCAUCCAUUCCGAGCAUCAGAGGUUGGUUAAUUGUAUUAUUUUUUAUUAUCUUAUUUUUGUACUGUUUGAUCUCUUGACAUUGAUUUGACUCCAGGGCUGCCCACGUGAGCCUCAGGGAAAGUUACAGGGUAAAUUGAAAGCAAAAUGUGGCUUUGGCUUGAUGGAAACUGCAAGACAGUGGCAGGAUGCAUCACCUUGUGAUCUGCCAGCAGGGCUGCAGAGGGCUCUAUCUGUGUGCUUUGGUUUCUUGGCUUUGGAGUGCUGGGUGCUGGCACUGAUUGAGUUGCAGUUUAUGUGCUGUGGGGGGGGACCCUGUGUGGGAAGUGGGUGCUGAUUGCUGUCUGCACACCUGGGCUGUAGGAGGAUGGUGUGAAGUGGGAGCUGAAGGGCAGAGUUUGAAGAUGGAGGUGAAUGGCCUUUGGAGUGAGAAGUGUCAAACGUUGUGACUGGCAGCGUUGUCACUGCCAGGAACUUCUUGUUGGACCUCAAUGAUAUGGAGAUGCAGAAGGGAUGGGAGCUCUGAGCUGCUGUCCUGCCACAGCUUCAAAGGGUUAACAGGCCCCGAGGAAAGGAGGGGGGGGUCUGUUCACACCCUCUGCCCAAUCCUGGGAAUCCCUGUGUGCUAAUUGAGCACUAACGAGAUCAAAGGCUCCCAUCAGGCAAUCAUCACCCCCUGGCCCUGACUUCAGUGCAGCUGGGAGUGGGUCCCCUGCACAGAGCUGCUCUUUGUCUGUGGGUAAGAAAGCAGAGAGAUGUGGUGGCCUCUCCCCGUGCGUGUCAGCUUUGGAGCUGGCCUUGCCUGGGCUCUCCUUACUGUGAGUCUGGGGAUGGAUUUAAGCCUGCAGGAAAGUUUGCUGUUAAAAUCCCUGGGUCUGAGCGUGAAGCCCAGCCCCAAAGUCCCCAUUCCGGUGCCAUCCGUGCUCUGGAGGAUCUUCCAGAAGAGAAAAAGCCCUUCUGCAACAAACAGAGACCCGAUGGAUGGUUGUAGGGUGGAGGAGUUUAACGUCCCUGGGAACAUCAUCCGUGUCUUCGCUGACCAAGGCCACUUCAUUCACAGCACGCAGCCCCAUCCGCUGCUGUGUCUGCAGAAGCGUCUGUACUUUAACCUCUCAGUGCUGGAUGAAGGUGAGCGCCUGACCAUGGCUCAGCUGGAGAUCAAAUUCAGCCACAACUCGUACCACAGCCCCGGCCAUGGGGAGGGCUUUGAGCUGAGGCUGUAUCACAGCCGCCAGGUGCCACUGAAGGGGACGCCCUCCCUGGAGCGAGGGAAGCUGCUGGUGGAGCAGUCCUUCAUCCCCCUGCAUCGGUCUCUGCUCUUCAACCUGAGCGAUGUGGCAAAGGAGUGGACAACUCACAGCAGGAACCUGGGCUUGAUUUUGGAGAUAGCAGUGAGUGGGGACAGAACUGCAUCAGUGAGCACCGGGUCACGGAGCCUCUGUGCUGGCAUUGAUUCUUUUGUGGAUACCUCUCUGCUGGUGGUGACCCUCAUCCCAGAGCAGUGCGGGGUCUCCAGGAGGAGGAGGAGUGCUUACAACGUCCCCAUCACACCGAGCAACCUCUGCAAGCCCCGGCGCCUUUAUAUCAGCUUCAGUGACGUUGGAUGGGAGAACUGGAUCAUCGCCCCACAGGGUUAUAUGGCCAACUACUGCCUGGGAGAGUGCCCCUUCCCCCUGACUGCUGAGCUCAACAGCACCAACCACGCCAUCCUGCAGACCAUGGUGCACUCGCUGGACCCCGAGGGGACACCCCAGCCCUGCUGCGUCCCCGUCAGGCUGUCCCCCAUCUCCAUCCUGUAUUACGACAACAGCGACAACGUGGUGCUGAGGCACUACGAGGACAUGGUGGUGGAUGAGUGUGGCUGCAGAUAGUGGAUGUUGGGUAUGUGUUGUGGGGUCCCAGUUUGGCACGCUGAAUGAUUGAUGGAAUAAAUCCAAGUGUGAUAAAUGCCCUCCGUGCUGGUGCUUAGGGAGCUUCGCAGUGGGGCAGGGACUGUCAGAGCUCCAUUCUGUGCUGCAUGAAGGAUCUGGGAGGAGGAUGCAUGAAGGGAUGGUGAUGGCGGUGGUUUAGUGGCAGUGCUCUGCAGGUGGGGACGGGGUUAUGAUCAGCUCUGACCCUGGGUGCUGCUCAGCCAUCCAAUGUAGGUGGCAGCAGCACCAGGCUGGGAAUCCCAUCCCCAUUCUAUGCCUGGCAAAGCAGCUGCUGGUGCUGCUGGUGGCCUCGUGGCGGAGCUGCUGCCAGGCUGCGUGUCCUUCAGCUCUUUGCAGCUUAGGCAGCACAAAAUGAGAUGACCCAUUUGGCAGCGCUGCUCUGUGUGCAUUUUGAUCCCCCCCUGAAGUCCCACCGCUGCAGCUCAGUGCUAAUUUACCUCGUUGAGCAAAGCAAUGAGUGCUGGAGCCACGUGGCACCGUGCAGCAGUAGCUUUGCACAGUGUUACAGCCCUCAUUAAUAACGUGUAUAUGCAUUUGGGGGUUAGUUUGGGUUGGUUUGUUGUUUAUUUUUACAAGGACAGCUGUGCAGCUGUUGGCUGCAGUCCUCAGUCCAUUACAGUGCUGGGUGCUGAGCCCCCACCCUUCCAACAUUGGCUUUCCUGGCACUGCUGCAGCUUUGCUGUAUUUGGGGGUAGGGGGACAGACAAGGCAGCUGAGUUAACUUGAAUUCCUUUAGACAUAUGAGCCUGUUUCCAUCCUUAUUUGUGUACCUGCUUCAUGUUGUCUCUGAGAUCUAAUGAAGUUGGGCCUCCAAGGCAGCACUGAGGGUUGAAAUAGCUGCAGCCCUGCUCUGCCGCCAUACCUGAACCACACAUGGGUUGAGAACAGCCCUUAGUUUGGUAGCACUCACCUUCAGCUCCCCCCCACCCAAUGGUCACCCCUAACAUAGCACAGUGAAAGCAGCAUCCGCCACCUGAAGGUGUUAAGAGCUUCAGGUAGGACGUAACCCAGCAGGAAACCCCUUUCUUUCUGAAUUAAAACAGGAGGGAUUUCAGAUCCGCCCCCUUUCCUUUGCUGGAUGCAGAGCUCAGGUAGUGGAGCUGAGCACAGCUGAGCACCCACCCAGGAGCUGCAUUUGCUUCCAUGCAUCCACUCUGCCCUCCACCCCCCUCCCCACUUUUGUACCAGUCUGUGUUUAAAAGAAGGAAUAAACUUGAAGUUUCUACUA